AGGCAGAGUUGUGCACAGGUCAUUAGACUUGGGUUGGUAUACCCUUCCAAAUCCAGAGGACUUUCUUGGGUCAGAUCUGGAGAACUGAUAGGAACGAAGGGAGGGUGUUUCCUCUUUAGCUAGCCAAGAACCACAGAGCAAUGUGCAGAAGAAACAGCUCAUUCUCUUCUUGAAUAAGGAGUGUUUUGGGUUCUUGUUUUUUGAGGGAAAAAAAGAGAUGAGAGGUCUUUGCAUUGUGCAUUGGUUUUUCUUGCUGGGUUUGGUUUUCUUGAACCAUGGAAAUGCAGACCCAGUUGAAGAUAAGCAAGCUCUUCUUGACUUUCUGAACAACCACCCUCACUCUCGCUCUCUCAAUUGGGACAGCAACACUCCUGUCUGUGACCACUGGACUGGAGUGACUUGCAGUGCAGACAAGUCCCAUGUCAUAGCCGUCAGAUUGCCCGGGAUCGGAUUGAGCGGUCCAAUACCACCCAAUACUCUCAGCAGGGUUUCAGGGCUUGAGAUUCUGAGCCUUAGAUCCAAUGUCAUUAAUGGGCCGUUCCCUUCUGAUUUCUCCAAGCUAAAGAACCUGUCUUUUUUGUAUCUUCAGUUCAACAACUUCUAUGGGCCAUUGCCUGAGUUUUCAGCUUGGAACAACCUCACCAUUGUCAACCUGGCCAACAAUCAUUUCAAUGGCAGCAUUCCUGAGUCGAUUUCCAAUCUUACGCAGCUUUCAGCUUUGAAUCUUGCCAACAACUCUCUUUCGGGUGAAAUCCCUGAUCUUGAAGUGCCUAGGCUGCAGCAGCUCAAUUUGUGCAACAACAAUCUGAGUGGGAGUGUGCCGAAAUCGUUACAGAGGUUUUCCAGGGCAGUGUUUGGGGGUAACAGCAACCUUUCUUUCGCUAACUUUCCGGCUGAGGUUCCUCCUGUUGUUCCUGCUCCACCCUCUAAGAAGUCUAGUAAUGGUGGGAAGCUUGGUGAGACAGCAUUGCUUGCAAUUAUUGUUGCUGCUGUUGUUUUGGGGAUUGUGGCAUUUGCGGCUCUGAUACUUGUUGUGUGCUUAAGAAGGAAAAUGGAAGAUGGGGUUUCGGGGAAGUUGCAGAAGGGGGGAAUGUCACCGGAGAAGGUGAUAUCCAGGAGUCAGGAUGCGAAUAAUAGGCUGGUUUUCUUUGAGGGUUGUCAUUAUGCAUUUGAUCUGGAGGAUUUGUUGAGGGCUUCAGCUGAGGUACUUGGGAAGGGGACGUUUGGUACAGCUUAUAAGGCGAUAUUGGAGGAUGCAACGGUUGUGGUGGUGAAGAGGUUGAAGGAUGUUAAUGUGGGGAAGAAGGACUUUGAGCAGCAUAUGGAGAUUGUUGGCAAUAUCAAGCAUGAAAAUGUGGUUGAACUUAAGGCAUAUUAUUAUUCCAAAGAUGAGAAGCUGAUGGUAUAUGACUACCACACUCAGGGAAGCUUCUCCGCUAUGUUACAUGGUAGAAGAGGCGAGGAUAGAAUCCCUUUAGAUUGGGAUACACGACUAAGAAUAGCUAUUGGAGCAGCAAGAGGAAUUGCUCAUAUACAUACAGAGAAUGGUGGGAAGCUUGUCCAUGGAAAUGUCAAAGCCUCAAACAUCUUUCUCAAUACACAACAGUAUGGUUGUGUUUCUGAUAUUGGUCUGACAACAAUAAUGAGCUCACUGGCCGCACCUAUCUCCCGUGCUUCUGGUUAUCGAGCACCAGAAGUGACAGACACCCGGAAAGCAGCACAGCCUGCUGAUGUCUACAGCUUUGGGGUUAUGUUACUUGAACUCCUCACUGGAAAAUCCCCCAUCCAUACAACUGCUGGUGAUGAGAUUGUGCACUUGGUCAGGUGGGUUCAUUCAGUUGUUCGUGAGGAGUGGACAGCAGAAGUAUUUGACUUAGAACUGAUGAGGUAUCCAGGCAUAGAGGAAGAAAUGGUGGAGAUGUUACAGAUAGCAAUGUCUUGUGUGGCAAGGAUGCCGGAUCAGAGACCUAAGAUGCUGGAUGUAGUGAAGAUGAUAGAAAAUGUGCGGCACAUGGACAAUGACAAUCGUCCAUCUUCUGAAAACAGAUCAGAAAGCUCAACACCCCUCGGAUCAACACCACCACCACCAGUAGUUGGAACUCCACAAUCAACCUCUCAAGAGUGA